GUUGCAACACUCUCAGUACGACUCUAGUCGCUUUGCCGCUUGGAACAGGCGCGUUUGACGUUGCCGGCCACACGGAGAGGGCGAGAGAGGCCAAAGUCGAAUCCGCUGAAGAGGCAAAAGCAAAUUAUGCAGACAUGUGGACCAAGUGAAUGCAGUGUUCAGUGACAUAAGUGCAACUAGCAAAACAUUCGUGGAAGUGACAGUCCACGAGACAUGGAUUCGAAAAGCCCGAUCAAAACACACGAUUGGCAUAUCCCGCGGCCGACUCUAUCAAGUAAUAAUGGAAGCGUUAGUGAUGCGCGUUCCCGCGGCGGCUCCGCCUCUAGCCAAGGUUCAUCAAGUAAUAACAGCACACACAGCGUGUCUUCAGGGUCGUUGCUGUUGAGUGCAGCGCAUUUGGCGCGCAUGAAUGGUAGGAACAUACCUCAAGACGAGUUCGCAGGUUACUCAAACAGAACGGCGUACUUAGGACGGAAAUCUACCAUGUCUACCAUGUCUAACGCUGUGGUGUCAAUACCCGAGGAGACCCGAGACGCAACGGAUACGUUCUGGACAGAUGUCAAACGAGGUUCAGUGGAAGGACAGGAUGCAGCGUCAGUUGCCAGCUCAACCCAUUUCACAGUGGUUAAUGGGUUCACGAAGCACCGCCCCAGCAAAGAGCCCAAGUCGUGCUGUUGCAACCAUUCGCAUCAAAUAACUGUACUCGUUAUAUCGAUGACAAUCUUAUUCUCAGCGUGCAUCCUCGCAGCUAUAUGCUUCGUUGAAAUGCGAAUGCGCAGAGAGACCGGGAUGUACAAAUAUUCUUGAGAAAAUUGAAGAUAGGUGACGACGAAAUGGAUUUAUUUAUACUAAAUACAAUGGAAUUGUUAAUUCAAUGAACCGAACAUUACCAUCUAUUUACGAAAAAUUGUACAGAAUAAUAACCAACUACAAAAGUCUAUUACAAAGUCCUGUUUAAAGAACUCGGAAUCUUUGAAUCUUGGAAUAGUUCGAAUUUCGAACCUCUGCGAAAUCGGUAUCUGUGUAACUUUUAAAGUCAGAAUUCAGUUUUGUACAUUACAAGAUGUAGGAUAAUGGUUUUUAGAAUUUGAUAGUAGGUUCAAGUUUCAAACAGCAUUCAAUGAUCCAGUGAAUUCAAUUAAAUUAUUCGAUUUUUGUUUCUCGUUUUUUAUUUUCGAUAUUACUAUAUCGAAAAUAAAAAACGAGGAAGGAAUACAUAAUAAUUUUAGUAACCGAUCAAAGUAAUAUUCUGUAAGUAAUAAAAAAAACUGUACCUACUAUUUAUUCAAUAAUAUCUACUAUUAAUACCAUGUAUCCCUUAGUGAAUCUUUGCCAUAGUGUGGCGAAUCAUUUCUGUUUUCAAUAGAUUUAAUAGAAACAUUGAAGUACAGAAUUUUUAAUUAAGUGCAAUAUAUUAUUAUUCUUUCAUAUCAAGAUGUAGGAUAAGUUAGAAAAAUUUACAUUAAGAUUUUUUUAAAGUUAAUUAUUAUUCACUAUUUAUUUUAGUGCUCAAUUUAUUGAAAAAUAUUUUGAAUUUAUUUUACCUACUCACAUACCUGUGAUUGUGUUUAGUUUGUAACUGGGUGAACUACAAACAUACAAUUCAAUAAGUAAUAAAUAACAAUACUUAAUUAUUAUUUGAGGAGAGAUUUUUAAGGAAAACUAUUUUGUAACAUCUUACAUAAUAUUAUUAUUUCACAUAAAUAGUUUUUCUUCCGUUUUUGUGAUGUAUUUUGUAAAUAAAUUAAUACUUAAUUAUUAACCUUAUUAAUAAGUGAGUAAUGAGUAUAAAUAUGUUUCAUAUUUACAUUAAUAUGGAAAGGAUGUAGUUUUAAGUACUGUGUGAAGUUAUUGUAAAAAACUGUGAUAAUUAAAUGAAAAUAAAAUGUGA